CUUCGCUGGAAGUGACGGGUCUCUUAUCCUUGUUGUGUUGGCGUGUCGGUCGGGAAAGCUGGAGCAAAGAAAUUUCCCGGUGAGUGUGGCAUUUUCAUAAACAGAAGGAUUACAAUAAAUAAACAGACAAGAUAGAUCUUCUUAAUAGAAUUCCAUGGAGGAGCUUUCCAUGGAGGAGCUUGCUUCUUACAAAGGGCAUAUAGUAGCCUUCCCUUUGCCACUCCAAGGCCAUAUCAAUCCCAUGCUCAUUCUCUGCAAGGCCCUAGUGUCACUGGGCUUCUCCGUGACAUUCGUCAAUGCAGAGAGCAACCACAAGCGCCUCCUUGCUCACAUUUCUGCCGCUCCAAGCACAGGAAUCGACUUUGUUCCCAUUCCCGACCACCUUGACACGCCCAUCGCCACUGUCGACGUCCACAACAGCAACAAUCUGCUACUCGUCCGCAACGCAGUCCGCAAGAUGCGUGCUGACUUUGAAAGCGCGCUUAAGAACAUUGUCAGCAAUGUCAAGGUGGAGUUUAUUCUCUCGGAAAUGACUGUAGAUUGGACACAGGGAACUGCGGAUAAGUUCGGCAUCCCCAAGGUGACACUUUUCACUGAGAGUGCAGCUUCACUUUCGAUCCAAUAUCACAUUCCAGAGCUCCUUGCCAAGAAACACGCUCCUGUCCGACAAGGCUGUCCAGAUCUGCAGAGUAUCGACUACUUCUCGCUUAGUGCUCACGCCGAGAAGUUGGAUCCGGGAUUUGCACAAAGGGUCGAAAGGAAAAAAGUUUUGUUCAAGGCAAAGUGCGUUGUGGUCAACUUUUUUUACGCUCUCGAGCACGGAGUCUUCGCCGGUCUCCGAGCAAAAUUCCAUCAGACCGUGGUUCCAGUUGGUCCACUGCUGCCUCCCGCUUUCCUGGGAACCGAAAACGGGUCAAAUAAGCCUACCACCUUGCCAGGUAUGUGGCCUGCGGAUGACACUUGCAAGCAGUGGCUGGACCAUCAGCAAGAUGGCACAGUUUUAUACGUUUCUUUUGGGAGCAAUGCAACUCUCACAAUGGAUGACUUUGUUCGACUUGCAAGAGGGCUGGGGCUGUGCAAGCAGCUGUUUCUAUCAACUUUAGUCCCGGGUUCAUCCUUGGACGAGCUUUUGAAAGUGGUGAGGAGAAAUUCCGUAUACGAAGGACAGUCGUGCACUGUUUCUUGGGCACCACAGCUACAAGUCCUAUUGCAUCCAGCUGUUGGCUGGUUUGUCACGCACUGUGGAUGGAAUUCGACGCUGGAGAGCAUCUGUGCGGGUGUCCCCAUGUUGUGUUGGCCUCUGACGGCAGAGCAGAAUCUGAAUUGCAAGUUCAUUGCUGACGAGUGGAAGAUUGGUGUCAGAUUGCUGGACGACAGUCGCUGCAUUGAAGAGGUGAUAACGGGGGUUGUGGACAGCCAAGGACGCAGCCUGAUGAAAACGAAAGUUAAAAAGUUGAAAGAAGCGGCCAUCAAGGAAUCCAAACUGAUCUCUAAGACCAUUGAUGAUGCUCUCAGCUCUAAAUCACGUUCUUAAUAAGAACUUGGGCAGUUGAUAUCAAAGUGUUACGUAAACAGAAAUUCAAAAUCCAUAUUUGUGCGCUCACUGAAGAAGCCAAAGAUGCCAGCUCUUGAAAGGGGA